CCGGGAAUCAAUUGGAAAAACGGCUCGUACUUCAAUUAUGUCUGGCAAUAACACACUCUGCAUUUUAGGCUGCGGAAACCUGGGCACCGCAAUCCUCAAAAGCCUGCUCGCCAGCGAAGAGCAACUCUUCUCCCUUUACAUCGCCUGUGUUCAGAGCGAGUCCUCAAAACAGCGUCUAACAAGUCAGUUCCCGGACUCCAGCAGCUUGACCAUCUCCACCGGUGACAACGUUUCCGCCGUCCAACAAUCUUCCGUCACAAUCCUCGCCCUCGACCCGAGCAUAAUCGAAACGGGCCUCAAACAGCCAGGUCUGCGAGAAGCCCUCUCAGCCAAACUCCUCAUCAGCGUCGCAGCAGGUUGGACGCGCCAGAAACUCGAAGAAACAAUCUACGGCACCACCACCCCAUCCCCCAGUGAAAACGAAACCCGCGCAUUCAUAAUCCGCACCCUCCCCAACAUCGCCGCCCUCGUCUCACAAUCCCUAACCGCCAUUGAAAUCGAACCAUCCCGCCAAAUCCCCCCGCACCACCUCACCCUAACAGACGCCAUCUUCUCCCGCGUCGGGAAAACCAUCCACAUCCCGCCCUCCCUCAUCGACGCCACGACCGCAGUAGCGGGUUCAACCCCAGCAAUGUUCGCCGUGAUCGUCGAUGCGAUGAUCGACGCCGCUGUUGCAGUCGGGGUCCCGAGAAACAUGGCGCAUACUAUGAUAUUCCAGUCCAUGCAGGGGACCGCGAGUAUGCUGCAGAGUGGGGUCCAUCCGGCGCUGCUGAAGGAUCAGGGGACGAGCCCGGAGGGGUGCACGAUUGGCGGCCUGAUGGUUAUGGAGGAGAAUGGGGUGAGGGGGCAUGUUGGGAGGGCGUUGAGGGAGGCGGUUACCCUGGCGAGGAGGAUGGAUGGCGUGAGGCAUGUAAAUGAUACGAGGGAGUAACCCGAACUACUACAGCACAGCAACAAUGUAAUACUCGACUAGUACUAACCGCCUAUAUGAGCCUGAGAUACCAGCCUUCAGCUCGCUUCGCCGCACGCCCUGGCUAAAACCAAAGUCGAGGCUGGGCCUAGUGUAGAUCCCAAUCGGAAGGAGCUACCUGGAACCCCGUGGACGUUCCUUCCUAUCCUGAAUCAGGCAAGACCCCCCUGGUCCGCCUUCCUUGCAUGAUGCCCAGAUUACAAAAGAAGGUGCAAUGGAGCACCGAGACGCUCCUUUCCCAGGGUUCAGCCUAGUAUAGUCCAUGGGAGGGAAGGUGCGACCAGGGCCCGCGCGGGUUGUACCUGCCAUAAUGAGUUAUGCCCCGAUGCUCUUGCUCUACGUUGCUAGCCACAGCGGCCCAAAUGCAAGACGGUCCCACUGGAUAAUCCGCACGCUCACACAAAUAAGCCCCCACGGACUCUUUGAUAGCAACGCAUUCGCCACGAAUCUCGAUGUUAUAUUCACACCCGAGAAGUCCGUCGCCGUAACCACGGGCUCAGACUAUACGCAACAGUACCCUCGUACAUGCCAGCGAGUGAUAUCUGCUCUCUUCCCUCAACCAAGCGGGAGGGG